AUGGACUUGCAGAUCUGUACAGCUUGGGACUACUGUGCAGCUGGGGGCAUGGUAGGCCCCUACGAAACCUCACCAGAUGGAGGGGAAGAGAGCACACUUGCUAGGCACAGAGGGAAGGGUGUUGUGUCAAAGAUGAAACUUGAAAACAAGAGCUCGUACUUAUUUGUCUUUGCCCGUUUCAGUCAGGCUGGUGUAAGGAGGAGCGUGCAGAGGAAGCGCUGCCCCGCGCCCUCCAGCACAGCAGUAACUCUGUUUUGCAACGUGUGUUGGCAGUGUUCGUACAUCCCUCCCUGCGCAAGAGAUGACCAGGAGAACUCUGAGAACGUCACGUACAAGCAGAAAUAUUGGAAAGAGAAAGUGGGUUCGCAGCCAUUUACGUGCUACUUUAACCAGCACUUGAGGCCGGAUGAUGUGAUGCUGAAGCGCACCCAUGAUGAGACUGUCCUCUUGCACUGCUUCCUCUGGCCUCUGGUGACGUUCCUGGUCGGAGUCCUCAUUGUGGUCCUGACCAUCUGUGCCAAGAGCUUGGCUGUCAGGGCAGAGGCAAUAAAAAAGAAGAAGCAUUUGUAA